AUGAGGCUCGAUAAGGUAUCUGUGUUAUGUCUAGUAGCCGCACUUCUAAAUCCAGCAGCCUCCGCUCCUGCCCCAUCAUCUGGAGGUCUUCGCGGAUCGGAAAACCUGCUUGGCUAUGAUUCGAACAACAAGGUGCCACAGCCGCCGACAGUGAUACCAUCAGAUGAGUUUGAAUUAGCUCCGGGACAAUCACAAGAUGCCGACCUGGGUGUUCCCAUUGACCUUACGAACGUCAAGAACCCUCAGCCAAUUCGAGGUGGCAAGACAGGCCCAACAGAUCCGGGCCCUCGCACUUAUGUGUAUGAUCGUUUGAAUAGCGACAUGUAUGCUCCCCCGGGAACCGACGCCGGAGAUUUCACCAACGCCAAAUGGCCCUUCGCGCUCUCUCACAACAGACAUGGCCUUGCUGGAGCCGGAUGGGCGCGCCAGCAAAACACUGACCAGCUCCCAGUCGCCACCGCCAUGGCCGGCGUCAACAUGCGCCUCUCAUCGAACGCAUACCGCGAGCUGCAUUGGCACAAAGCAGGCGAGUGGUCGCUCAUGCUGAACGGCAGCGUCCGUAUCCAAGCCGUAAAUGAGAACGGUGAGACCUUCAUCGACGAUCUGACCCUAGGCGAUGUCUGGUUCUUCCCGGCAGGUAUCCCGCACUCGAUCCAAGCCUUCGACGACGGCUGCGAGUUCCUCCUGGUGUUCGACCAAAGCGACUUCAGCGAAGACGAAACCUUUCUCGUCUCCGAGCUCUUCGAACGUAACCCCCAAAGCGUCGUGGCGAAAAAUUUCAAGACCUCUGUGCAGGACUUCAAGAAUCUACCUGAUGGCCAGUUGUGGAUCUUCCCUGGCACACCCGCGCCAAAGAACAUCUCUGCGCAGAACGUGACAGGCCCCGCGGGCGCUAUAUCCCAGGCCGGCUCGUACAGCUACCACUUCUCUGAGCAGCAACCGUAUGAGGUCGAUGGCGGCAGCAUCAAGAUUCUCGACCCGGCCACCUUCCCCAUCGCCAAGGGUUUCUCCGUCGCCCUCAUCACUAUCAAGCCCGGCGCGAUGCGCGAAAUGCACUGGCACACGUCCUCCGACGAGUGGUCGUAUUUCCUGGCCGGCAGCGCUCGACUAACGGUCUAUCAAGCGCCAGCAUCGUCCCGUACGUUCGACUUUUCCGCUGGGGAUGUGGGAUACGUGCCUUUCCCGAACGCGCACUACAUUGAGAACACAGGGUCAAAUGAUGUCGUGCUCUUAGAGGUGUUGCAGGCGGACGCGUUUAGCGAUAUAAGUGUGGGACAAUGGCUGGGGCUAACGUCCGGGCAGAUUGUAAAGGAUCACUUAAAUGUGCCGGAGGGUUUUAUUUCGAAGCUGUCGAAGGUCAAACAAUACAUUGUGCAGGGGAGUACGAAUUUAACGGAUGUGCAGUGA